CUGAAACUUCGCCGGAGAAAGUGUAGUAGAGAGGGGUGGGGGGGGGGGGAUGGGGAUAAUAAAGAGCUGCUUCGUGUUCACGAUGGGAACGGCUUAUGGUGUAUACGUUGCGCAGAAUUACAACGUUCCCGAUGUAAAGAAGCUGACGAACACUGUUCUCGUCAUCGUCGAGCACAUCGAAAAGAAUUAUCGGAAACCCAAGAAGGACGAUGUUGUUUGAUUUAUUGGUCGAGGUUUUGCCGAUCUCAGUCUGUUUCUUUUUGUAUUAUUUCAUAAAAUUAUUAACCCGUUUUGAUCGGGAUUUUACUUUAUAAUUUAGGGCUGGUUAUUUGGUUUUGAUUUGAAAAUCGAAGAGUAUAUGGAUUCGUGAUUUUGUAUACAGAAGAGAGAAUUGGGGUUUUUACGCAGAUCAAUUGGGUUUUUCUAUGUGCUGCUGAAUUUGUCUAUGUACUCUUGCAAUUUUUCUUUGAUUAUCAUAUCCUUUGAAUUUGAUAAUAGAAUUUUCUCAUUCAAGUU